ACGGACCAAUCAGAAGCCAGAAUCCUGCAGGCCUCUGAAGCCCAACCUCUACGUCAGCGGCUGGGCACGCAGGUGGACCGAGGAGGCGGGGCCUGAGAGAUCAGGAAGGCGGGGCUGAAAGUUGUACUCACCAGAGGCGAGAAACAGGAGAUAAUCCAGGAAGACAAGUCGGAAAUGAAUUCCAGGAUCAUAUCCUUCAUGGCAGCCAUCUUCUCCAUCUUCAACACCAUCCAGUUCUUCAUCAUUGAGCUGAACCAGUCCACGUACGUCGGCCAUGAAGACAGAUACAGCCUCCUCCUGGACACAAAGUCUGAGUUCGUCAGCCGGCUCAUCGCAUACAAGAAGACCAUCAGCAUCUGCCUGGCCCUCCUCACCAUCCUCGCGGGCUGCCUACUGCUCUACUGCAUCCUUACCAGCUGGUUCAUGGGGCCUCUCAUCUACACGCUGUGGAUCAUCGCCUACGAGCUCAUCCACUUCUCCAUGGUCCUGCUGCUCCAGGGGCUCAUGAAGGAACAGUUCCAGCCGCUGAGUCACCUGUCCGUGGCCUUCCAAGUCUCGCGCAUGGGCCUGCACUUCUGCUGCCUGCCGUUCAUCGUCCGGCACGGCUACUUCCUCUACAAGGAGCCCAAGGUGGUGGGGAAGUUAGGGCGGCACAGGCAGUCCUCCGCCAGCACCGUGGACAUGUGGACACCCAUGGGGCUGGCCAUGAUCUAUCGCAAGCUAAACUGA